UUUAUUGAGAUUUUAAAACGUGCAAAAGUAAAACAAAAAUAACUCAUUGCGAUAAAUGGUGAGACUUGUUUAAAUAUGAAUGUCAAAACUAGAUAAAUUGCAUUUCUUGCAGAAAUGCUGUUUGAAUGCUGGAUAGCUGAAACUGUAAGCUGAAGCUGCUGAACAGCUGAACUGAAGCAAGUAAGCAAAACUGUCAAAAUGAGCUGAAUGUGUUGAAAGAUGUAGAAGCAAAAAUCACCAACAAGCAAAUAAAGCACAAAAAGUAAGUGAAGAAUAGAGAAAAUAAUCCAAAAUAGCAAAAAAAAAACUGAAAUCUGUGAACAUUGUAUAAAAACCUGGACAGCUAAAAUGUCUAAACACUUUUUAUUUCAGUUGGAAAAGUUUAACAGUUUAGUCUUUAAGUUUAGCCGAACUGUGAAAUUAGCAGCUUGUGCUAAAUUCGGUAACUGAUUGCUGAAGUCGCUGAAUAGCUGAAGUGGAGCUGAAACUAAGCUAAAAUGUCAAAAUGAGCUGAAUGUAUUUAAAGAUUUAGAAGCAAAAAUCACCAACAAGUGUAAUAAAGCUCAGAAUAAAGGUGGAGAGUGGACAAAAAAAUGCUAAACAGCAGAAAACUUUAAUCUUUGAAUAUUGAGUAAAAACUCAAAAGUUGAAAUGUUUAAACAGCUGGCAUUUGAAUGAGAAUAGUUUAAUAGGCACAUUUUUACAAUUGGCUGAACUGUGAAUUUAGAAACAUUUGCUUAUAACAUAUGUUCAGACUUGAUAUGGGAUGGAUGAAUGGUUGGAUGAAUGAAAUGAUAGAUGGAUGUUAAAUGGUUUAUUGGAUGGAUGGAUGGAUGGAUGGAUAGAUGGAUGGAUGGAUUGAUGGAUGGAUAGAAGCAUGUAUGGAUUUAUAAGUGGAUGGAUGGAUUCCUUAGGCAAGCUGGUUGAUUUGAUACAUCACAUGUGUGGGUGUGUAAUUCCAUUUAGCCAUUGACCUCUCUCAACCAAUCAGGGAGCUGGGAGGGAGCGGGGCACUUUCCCACCUUCUGGCGGUCAAUCAAAUUUAACUUGUUUCUAGUUUAAAGUACAGAUAGUUAGUACAGAUAGUUCAAAAAGAUCAAAAACAGGAGUCUGUUAUUGGCUCAAUAUUCAGCUUUUUGUAUUCAUUCCUAUGAGACUUGGUUAAAGCGAUUUGUAGUUCCUUGUGUUGCCAUGGUAACAGAUGUGUGCUUUAAUAAAGCAAUGCACAAUGUCACAUGACUCUUUUAAACUUUGAAUAACAUUUCUAUAUUAAAGUAUGUUGAUACAGUUGUGUGUAAAAUGUUGACUCCGCCUUUGUAGAGAGGGUGCUCGCUGCAGAACUACAAAGGCGGAGCUGCACCAGAGUCAGCCCCGCCCAUUCACGCAAACUCAGCCUAGCCCACUGACUUCUUCUGUUUUUGUUUUUCAACUUUAUAGAAUAGGCUUAAAACAUUUUUAUUUUAUAGGGCCUAUGGUUAAAAUCUGAUGUUAGCCUAAAUCUGGACAAGUAGGGGAGUAGAGGGAGGUGGAGUGCACAGUCGGUAAAGACGGCUCUCCCUUGCCCUGCCUCCAACAUGCCUACAUCUAAAUAGGAUAGAUUAUCCAGAGUUAUCUCUGUAGUUAUGCUGCUAUAGGCUUAGACUGCUGGAGGAUACACUGACCACUUUUCACACUCUACUGCUUUAUUCUACAAUCUGCUCUUUAACUGUACUAUUUUCUGCAAUUUCAGCUGUUAACUUUAUUUUCUCUCUAAGUGUUUUUCUCCCCAGAAGAAGCUACAAUGACGUUCUGCUGAGCUGUGGUGGUCUCAUGGAGGGGGCCAUCGUCUAACACACUGCUGCUAACCACUAAUACAUUCACUCUCUCCUGAUAAUGGCUUUUUGCUUUCCUUGACUUUUGAUGUGCUAAUUCUAGUUUAUACAUUUAAUUAUAGAUCCACUAGGAUAAAUACAAUAAAGUUUAUCUUUCACCAAAUAGAAUAUUUACUAAGACAUCACAAUAUAACUAUAGACACAUUACUAGUCUUUGUGAGUGUGCGUGCGUGCAUGCGUGCGUGCGUGCGCGUGCGUAUGUGUGUUCUGUCUUCUCCAUCCCCAGUGAGUCGUGGAGGAUGGCUGCUUAUACUGAGCCAGGAUCCUCUGGAGGUUUCUUCCUGUUAAAAGGGAGUUUUCCUCUCCACUGUCGCUGCAUGCUUGCUUAGUAUGAGGAUUGCUGUAAAGUCACUGACACCACGUGCACAGAUUUGGGGGUUUAUUCAGACAUUUGGCUUUGCAUCAUGAAUCAAAUGCUGUGAAGCUUUGAGGGCUCAUGUUGCUGUGAUGUAAGGUUGAUGUUCUGCUGACUAAAGCAUUAAGGUGAGUGUUGGGUGUUGAUGGACAUUUACUUCACUACAGUUCUUCCAUUAAAGUUGUUUAACAUGUUUAAAACAUUACAAAUUACAAAAUGUUUAAUAUUUGUCAUUAAAAAAAUAAAUGCAAUAUGGUAAUUUAAGAUCAUCUCACUGCAUUUGAGAUCAGAGAAACAGCCGCUAAAUCCUCACAUAAGUUUUGUGCUUAAUUUACUAUUCUUGUUUUGAACUUCAAAGGAUUAUUUUUGUUUUGUAAUCCAAACUGUAUUAUACUGAGGUUCAAUUUCAGAAAAUCAACAAAUUUAUCCUGUCCUUUAUCGCACCGGAAGUUGAAGCGUUUUGAAGUAAAACUAAAACUUCAUCAAAACUUUCAAAACAAGGCAUUUAUAAAUCUAGUUUAUUAAAUCUAAGGCUCAAAUCAACAAGGCAUAAUUUAUAAUAGAAUAUUCAGAUAUUUGUAUUUUUUUCCAAUUCAGAUUUUGUUAAGCCGUUGUGUAUAUCAAGUAAAAUGUUUUAAUUUUUUCUUUUAUUUUGGAAGAAACGUGACCAUGCUUCCGGUAUUAGGACCGAGCUAACAGGAAGUUAGCGAGUUCACCUCUCAAGUGUUCUGAGUCAUUACAAGCCAACAUUUCACUGUUUUUGUGUCGAGUUUACCGCCAGGGUUUAUGUUACCAGUUUUUGACAGAUUGUCUGUCGCCAUGGAAGACACACCUAAAAGCACAUAUUUAAUAACUGGAGGAUGUGGCUAUUUUGGCUGUCGCCUUGCAUGUGCUCUGCAUGAAAAUGGAGCCAGAAUUAUCCUGUUUGACACCAGCCCUCCACAUCAAGAAGUCCCUGAAGACGUGGUGUUUGUCUCAGGUGAUGUUCGGGACUAUGCACUGGUUGAGAAGGCUGUCGUCGGUGUGGACUGCGUCUUCCACAUUGCCUCCUAUGGCAUGUCCGGUAGGGAGCAACUAAACAAGCAUCUGAUUGAGGAAGUCAAUGUUCAGGGCACGCAAAACGUAUUGAAAGCUUGUGUCGAGCAUGGAGUACUGAGGCUGGUGUACACCAGUACCUUCAACGUGGUGUUUGGAGGCCAGGUGAUAGAGAAUGGGGAUGAAAGCCUCCCUUAUUUACCUCUCCAUCUUCACCCGGAUCACUACUCAAGAACCAAGUCCCUGGCUGAGAUGGCGGUGCUAAAGGCCAAUGGUACAGCUCUGAGUGGCAGCUCGGAUGUGCUGCGAACCUGCGCCCUGCGCCCAGCAGGGAUCUACGGGCCUGGAGAGCAGAGACACCUGCCCAGGGUUGUUAGCUACAUCGAGAAGGGGGUCUUCAGGUUUGUUUAUGGUAGUCCCAGCAGCCUGGUGGAGUUUGUCCAUGUGGAUAACCUGGUGUCAGCCCACGUGUUGGCUGCAGAGGCUCUGACUGCAGAGAAGGGGCACCGCUCUGCUGGCCAGGCUUACUUCAUAUCCGACGGGAGGCCCAUCAAUAAUUUUGAAUUCUUCAGACCUCUAGUAGAAGGCUUGGGAUAUCCAUUCCCCAAACUUCGCCUUCCCAUCUCCCUCAUCUACUUGUUUGCGUUUCUCACAGAAGUGAUUCACCACGUCGUCGGGCCCUUCUACAACUUCCAGCCGCUGCUGACGCGCACAGAGGUGUACAAAACCGGAGUCACGCAUUACUUUAGCAUGGCCAAAGCAAGAGCAGAGCUGGGUUACGAGCCCCAGGAACGCUCCCUGGAUGAGGUGGUGCGGUGGUUCCGAAGCCGAGGCCACGGGAGGAAGCGUCAGGACUCCUCUGUCAGACUACUACUCAACCUCCUGCUGGUUUCUGCCUUCGUGGCCGUGGCGCUGUCCUUCCUCCCCGUCGUUGGUAGUUGAUGCUGAAACAAAAGAUGGCAAACGCUCAUCGUGAAUCAGGACUGAGUCGAACGAAGAUUGUUUGACUUUUCAAUGGAAAAUGUUCCAGAAACGGGGACCAAUGAUCCACAAAUGCUGUAUUGGAGCUGUUUGGUGUUCCGAGUUCAACAGAAACGAAUAAACUCUUAACAAACUGAAAAGUG